AUGCUCGUUGCUCUUCAUAUUUUCUCGAUGUUAGUUUAGUUUCAAAUCGUCCAAUCACUUCUGUUUUCAGUUCGAUUCUGUCAGCUUUCGUUGUUAUCCAAUGCAAAUCCAAGAAGACAUCUUCAAGCGUACGUUCAGCCGUCCUGAAAGUUAUUGAAUGAAGCCUGUUUCAGAACUCAAGUAGUUCAAUAACGUCUGCAAUAUCACCAACGACGGAUACUAGGAAGAGUGAGCCGGAAAAGGAAAAAAUGGAGGACACUUUUGAUAAGAUUCAGCCGACAGUUCAGGAGGCGAAACGGAAGAAAGAGGUCAAAAUGAACGGGGAGGAGAGGGAAAAUAUGCUGAUAAUUUCAGAUUGGAGAGAAGAAAGCAGAAAAUAAAGGGGACUAUAAGACGUGGAAUGCGAUAAUAGAGAACAGUGAUUUCAAUAAGACUUUGAGUGAAACGGACGAUAAACGGAAGGAGAAGAAGAAGAAAAAGGCAUCAAAAAAGGAAGAAGUGAAAGAUGAAAAGGAAGAGAAGAAACAGGAGCAAAAAGAGCAAAAAUCCAAGAGCAAAAAAGAGAAGGAGUGCGAGCGCACAGCACCAAAAUCAGAAUAUUUCCCAAAAUACUGA